CCUCCCUGUAAUGGAUGGAGAUAGAUCUCCACGUCAGCUUACGUCUCAGAAAUUUUACUCCACGGAUCUGCUUCAGAGGCAGGAGCAGCUGGGUAAGGAGAACCAUGCUAAGAACAGCUUUCCCGGGGAGCCCGAGGUAGAGUAAUGAUGGAUUUUGAUGAGCGAGUUUCUGUGGGCUCUAACAUGUAUUUGCCCAGUUGUACGUACUACGUCUCGGGUCCUGAUUUCUCCAGCCUCCCUUCCUUUUUACCCCAGACACCGUCUUCUCGCCCCAUGACGUAUUCUUAUUCGUCUAACCUGCCCCAGGUUCAACCUGUGAGAGAGGUAACCUUCAGGGACUAUGCCAUUGAUGCAUCCAGUAAAUGGCACCACAGAAGCAAUCUAUCCCAUUGCUAUUCAGCAGAGGAGAUUAUGCACAGAGACUGCCUGCCUGCCUCUGCAACUAGCAUGGGCGAAAUGUUCGCGAAAAACGGCUCCACUGUUUACCAUUCAAGCUCCAAUGCUACGUCCAAUUUCUACAGCAGCGUGGGAAGAAAUGGUGUGCUGCCCCAAGCCUUUGAUCAAUUUUUUGAGACGGCGUAUGGAAACUCAGAAAACCCACCAGCCGACUACUCUGGGGACAAAAACGGCAACAAAUUACCUGCUGCUGCCGUGCUCAGCUCUGAGACAUGCAGGGAGACGGAGGAGAAAGAGCGAGGAGAGGAGAACAGCAGCCCUGAGUCCUCUUCCGGCAACAAUGAAGAGAAAACUAGCAGCAGCAGUAGCCAGCGUAUUCGAAAGAAGAGAUGCCCCUACACAAAAUACCAAAUCAGAGAACUGGAAAGGGAAUUCUUUUUCAGCGUCUACAUCAACAAGGAGAAGCGCCUUCAGCUGUCGCGAAUGCUCAACCUCACCGACCGCCAAGUCAAAAUCUGGUUUCAGAAUAGAAGAAUGAAAGAAAAGAAAUUGAACAGAGACCGCUUACAGUAUUACACCACCAACCCACUGCUCUAAAACUGCAACUCAAAUCUUCAUAUGGCAGGAAACCAACAAAUUAUAAAUACCAAACUUCAUCCGCGAACAAUGAAAAGACCGUUUACAUGAAGAAUUUCAGACAGCAUUUGUAUAUUCAGAUGUAAAAAAAAAAAAAAAAAAAAAACCUGGAAUAAUUGUUUUUAUACGUCCCUCAGUGAUGUAACACUUAUUUUACAACCCCGGUGGCGUGUGUAUAAAUCUAUUUGUUUUUGCCCGUAAAAAAACACAUUUUCACAUUUUAUUGAAUAUUUAAUUGAAUGUUGCUCCCGUGUUUAAAUUGCGUUCACAGUCUAUCAAUGAGAAACUAGAUUAAGUCAACUGCGGAUUCAUAUUAUACCCAGUAAAUGACUUUGUGCACCUGGACCUUGGUGUGUGUGUGUGUGUGUGUGUGUGUGUGUGUGUGUCUAACAGACAAUGAAUAUAAUGUGUUAACACAGUAUAUCUUAAGAUUGUUAAGACUGUAUAAUUCGCAUUCUCAAACAUGUAAUAAUGUUGUACCCAAAAGGGCUACUUCUACGUUUUUACACCUAAUCUUCUGGAGCUUUCAUUUUCAUGCUGGGACGUUAUAUGCCUGCGAUACCAUACAACCACAUACAAAUACUUUUGAACGAAGUGUAGAUACAGGGUUAUAUAUGGGUUUGGAUGUAAACGAUGUAUAUUCUAAUAUCACAAGUUUUGAUUUGUUGUGUUUGUGCAAUGUACUGUAUACAGAGACAUUAAACCCAGUUCAAUGUUUACUUUUGAAGUGCAAGAAUAUGGUUCCUGGCGUUAUGCAACAGACCUUUGUCUUUUAACUGACAAUGUUUGCUUGCCCAGAGUAUAAUGGUAUUUGUAUAAUGCCUUUAAACACAUGGCAUGGAAAUACUCUAUUAUGCCACCAUGAUUUAAGCUUGGUUUGUUGUUAAUAAAUGGGGACAUUUUUAAUUAAUCGAAAAAAAAAAAAAACAUCACUUGAUGUUUGUAACGAAAUAAACUACAUCCAUUUAAAUCUACACACGUAGAAGUUAUUUUGUACUCCAUCUGUGCUAAGUAACGUUGUAAUUAAGGAAAUAAAACGUAUUUUUCUAUCAACAAAUGUGGCUGCAUAUGUAUGCUACAGAAAACGCGCACACAUAUAAAUGGUUACUUUGAAAAUUAUGCAAUUGAAAUCUUACAAAUUGAUUGCCUAUUCUUGGUGUUUAGUUAAACCUGUUUAACACAGUGAUAUUUCACCAGAAAUAUUUUCUGCAUAUGUAAAUAUACCUAUAAUUUGUGUCCUGUAAAAAAAAACCUAAUGCAUGCGCGCACUCAAACAACGCAAAUUGAUAAAUAAAGCUGAAUUGUGCACAUUCCGACUUUGUUGGUUAACAUAUUCUGGUUUUGUUAAUGCUGAAGGUGUUCUCAUUUUUCACUAUAGUUUUGGCCACAAUCAGAACACUUAAUAUAGUACCUGAAAGGUAAAUUAAUAACAAUUAAGGUUAACAAAUACAU